AUGAAAUCGUCUUGCCCUUUUUGCAGCAAGAAGUACAGCUCCUCCGCCAACUUUGACAGACAUCUUCGAACGACCUAUCCUCUGGAAGCAUAUGAAUGGUUGGGAAACCAAUAUUCGCUCCUGGAUCACGAUCAACCUGCGGAGACUCCCGACGACACUGAUGAAAGCCCAGAGAGCAUUCCUGACUGCUAUUCAGACACGCAUUACGCUUCGGAGUCGGAUAGUUUUGACCAAGAUUCCGGUAACAAUUCGGACCUAGAAUCUGAAUCAUAUUUCGUGAUGGAAGAGACAGACGGCGAUUUAAAUGGACAUAAGGCAUCUACAACAGUUUAUGAGGGUGCUGGGGAACCACUUUACCGCUCGGAGGACUACGACGAAUGCUCAUAG